AUGUCGACCGCAGCAAGCUCCACACCUUCUCUCACCCCUUCUCGUGCGCCGACACCCCAAGUGCCAACUCAACCAGACCACUUCUAUGGCUCAGAGAAUGCCCAGCAGCUGCCACUUUCCCCCGACUCCGAUGGCAAGACAUGGCUUGAUCCAGAGGAUGACCCCUCGGCCCAACGCGGUAUACCUGUAUUCAAACCUACUGUGGAGGAAUUCGAGGACUUUGAGGCAUACAUGGACAGGAUUGAGUGUUGGGGCAAGAAGAGUGGGAUAGUGAAGGUUAUACCCCCGAAGGAGUGGACGGAUGCGUUGCCGCCGUUGAACCCGCAGUUAGCCCGUGUCAAGUUGCAGAACCCGAUCGAGCAGCAUAUGCUCGGUAGCGGUGGGCUCUUCCGCCAGCAGAAUCUCGAGAAACCGCGCGUCAUGAGUGUGCGCGAGUGGUCAGAGCUGUGCGAAAAAGAGGAGCUGCGCGCGCCGGGCAUUGACGACGUAGGACUGCGUGCGCGCGCGACGAACGGCAGCGCGAAGGCGCGAACAAGGAGAGCGCGUAAGAAGGCAGGAAAGUCGGAGACUGCCGAACCAGACGCGGACACGCACAUAAAAGAGGAGGAAAAUAACUCUCAAGCCCAUCUCAGCGACGGUUCUCCACAGCCUUUCGCCUCUUCGAGCUGUGCAGUCGUAUCUGCUACCCCUGUCGGCGACCAAUACUCAGGACUCUCCGUUGAGCACGUGGAGCCCCAUAGCACAGUCAGUGUACUCGAUUCUGUUUCAGUCCGGGACACUCCAUUUAGGCUGGGUGAGGAAGAGACCGAAGAGAAACCCAAUGUCAAGGGCAAACGUGUCGGACAGUCCCGCGACGCUAGAAAGGCCAGUCUUGCUCAGAGGGCUGACAAGGACAAGAAGUUCCUAGAGAAGUUUGAUCCUCAUUCAGACUGGCUCCCUCCCAACACUACGCCAUUUGAUUAUACGCCGGAGUUUUGCAAGGAGCUCGAGAGACGAUACUGGAGGAACUGUGGAUUGGGUAGACCUGCUUGGUAUGGAGCUGAUAUGCAAGGCACCCUAUUUACAUCUGAAACAAAGAGCUGGAACGUUGCUCACCUUGAAUCCGCCUUGUCUCGCCUCCUCCCUGCGUCGUCUCAAGGACUUCCGGGGGUGAAUACGCCGUACUUGUAUUUCGGCAUGUGGCGAGCCACUUUUGCGUGGCAUGUCGAAGAUAUGGACUUGUUCAGCAUCAAUUAUAUCCAUUUUGGUGCACCAAAGUUCUGGUAUGCCGUCCCGCAAGCUAGAGCUACGGCUCUUGAACAAACCCUGAGAGGCUAUUUCCCGAAGGACAGUUCUUUGUGCCGACAGUUUCUACGGCACAAGUCCUUCCUUGCUUCCCCAACGCUCCUUUCACAAUCUUCAUGUCGACCCAAUUGCCUCGUACAGCACGCGGGCGAGUUUGUGAUUACGUAUCCAAACGGUUACCAUGCUGGCUUUAAUCUCGGCUUCAACUGCGCGGAAAGCGUGAACUUCGCUCUCCAGAGCUGGCUGAAGUUUGGUCAAGACGCUCAAGUAUGCAGCUGUGUGUCCUUCAGUGUGCGCAUCGAUGUCAAAAAACUUAUGCAUGACCGUGAGGCGGAGCGGGCCCAGGAGAAGACCAGCCAACCGCAGCUGAAAUCUAGUAAAUCCGGUCGCAUCAAAAACGAGUCGGAGUCGAGCAGGGAACAACCCUCUCGCAAGCGCAAGGUGGAAGGCAGCGACGGCUCCUGCAAGACCAAGAAACAGAAGACGAAGACUACAAAGGGCGGCCCAGCUGAGGCAUCCUCAUCAAAAUUAGCGACCAAGGUCACCUUGAAGCUCGGACCAAAACCCAAGGAGACUGAGGUGUUUCCGUGCUGCUUGUGCGUGUCAAUGAACCAGGAUAGAGUUCUGCGAGUGCAGGACCCUCCGCUGUGGCGUAAGGAGGGCGAGAGCGUGCCCGGUGCUGACCCUAAGACCGCUGUCUGGAUGGCACACGAGGACUGUGCGAACAUCGUACCGGAAACGUGGGUUGACGAGGUUGAGAUUGGGGAAGUGCGAGACGACGGCACGCGCGGUAAGGAACGAGUCGUCUUCGGCGUAGAUGCGAUUGUGAAGGAUCGUUGGAAUCUGAAAUGUUCUGCUUGCACAAAGACUCGCCAUAAGGCUCACGGUGCGCCUGUUCAGUGCACGAAGGGCAAGUGCCCGAAGGCAUUCCACGUAUCAUGUGCACGCGAUGGUGCCGCCAGUGGCAUCGUAUUCAAUGUGCUUCGAGAGGUGGAAAAAGAGGUUGUCAUAAUGGGUGCUCAAGAAAUGCCGACUACGCUCAAUCCUCCGCAGAUGGUAGUGGACGUGCCUGCUAUUGCAGAUGGACUGACGAUGCCACUGGACCAAGCCUCUCUGGUUCCGGAAGCUAACGGACUUGACUUCUCGGGAACUCCGACGAUUGGCAUGUCAGUGGCGCCUGUGACAGAUAGUGCGGAACCCUCAAGUUCCCAUGUGUACAAGUUUGUCAAGAAAGUCGAAGUGCAGGUGUUAUGCUCACAGCACAACCCGAAAAUUGCACAAGAGAAGAAGGAAUUGAAACAGCAGAGGAUUCGCGACGAUCUUGUCGCGUUGCCACCCAUGACACGCAUCAAGUUGCGCGUGAGUGCUGGUGUAUUCGAGGUGUCACUCCUUCGUGUCAUUGAGGAGACGAACUCGGUGGAGGUUUUGUGGGAUAGGGGCCUCAAGAGAGAAUUCAAGUGGGGCAGCGUAGUUUUCGGCAAUACGGAGGGUCUGACCGUUGGUCAGAAACCUACCGAAGCGGCGCCUGAGCCCGUUCAGCUUGCCGCACAGCUUCCGACCCUUCAACCUCGAGCUGCAUUCCCCAGGUUCUCGACGGCUACUCCUCCUGUCGACGCCCGAAAUCAGGCCGUAUCUCCUCUGUCGAUACCGCUCCAACCCACCCUCUCGUUGUCAGUACCUUCUCCGGGACCAUCAACGGCAACUGCGCCGGUCUACACUCCUCCAUCUGCGCCGUAUCCACCGCGACCGAACACCUAUCAGUACUCGUCAGCUGCCUGGAAGUAUAAUUUCCCACCGCCGAAUGCCACUCCUUCGUACGCCACAUCGGGGCCGUCGACACAGAGCUACCAGUACGCAUCGACUGCAUACCAGAGUGCAGGAACGUACCGGGGGCACAGUGGAUAUAACUAUACUCCAAACCAGUACCAAUCUCGUGGACUGCAGUGGCAGCGACCAUACACGGGUCCCAAGCCGAAUGCGUACGGAGAGACCUUGACUUCUACUCUUACUGCACAGGCUGUGCCAUAUGCGCCUCCUGCACAGGCCGUGCCCUAUUACCCUCCAGGACAGACGAUAAAUGAUAAGGCUCCUGUCGGUUCGCAACCUCAGUGGGCUUCGACCUUGGCAAUGUCCAUCUCCAACCCUCCUCCUGCAGCUCCUCCUUCGUCUCAACUUCCACCUGCGACUGUUACUCCAGACGCGCCGUCGUAA